AUAGAAACAAGAUAUUGUCCCGCCUCCCGAAGCAACAAAGAUACUCUAAGGUAGAGGAAUUCCUCGUGUUUGGUGGCCAGAAGGUGGAUCAAUACUAAAGAGGAUACAUUAGGAAGAAACAAGGAAGUUAAAAUGUCAGUGGUUAGUGAAGGCUGUAGAAUUGAUCCCAGGACUAAGAGAAAGAUAACAUUAAUGGACAGGAUUGACUUGGAGGAUAAAUACAUUGAACUAUAUGAAGAGAAUAUUUUGUUGAAGAAACAUGCUAAAGGACAAGAAGAUAAAAUGAAGAGAUUGGGUACAAAGUUAAUAAAACUGUCAAGUGAUAACAAGAGAACAUGGAGAGAGGGUGAGGCUGAUGAAUUAGAGCUGAAACUGCACGAGGUCACUGGUAAACUGAGUAAAAUUGAGACUCAAAAUGCACACCUGAGAGGAAAGGUAUCAAUACUGAAGCAACAGCUAGCAUUAUCAUGGAAACGGGCCACACCUUAUGGUCAUGUGACAUCAAAGACUAACUCAGGUUUAGGAAGACGGAAAUCUCUUUCCUUUUCUACAGAGACACUGUCAUAUAAAAGUAAAACAGCCAAUACUAGUACUCAAGUCUCUCCUGGUGGCCCAUUGAGGUAUGGACAUAGUUUGUUGGAAGUUGCUCGUAAAGACAAUGUAGAACUAGAAGAAAUCGUUUUAAAAUUGAAAGAAGAGCUCACCGUAUUAAAGACUGAGUGUGACAGAUUAGAGGAAAAUAAUAGGCUGCAAAGUGUAUCACAUGAGGAGGCUAUUCUGAAACUACAAGAGAAAAUACAAAUACACAUUAAUGACAAGCAAAGGCAUAUACUUGAGGAAGAUGUUGAGAAGAUAAGAUUACAAAGGGAAGUUCAAUCUAAAUCAGUUUCACUACAACAAGCAACUACUAACUGUCAAUCUUUGCAAAAGGAAUUAACAAUUAUGAGGAAUAAGUGUAAAAGUCUCACUACUGACGUUACUGGAUUAAAGACUCAACUACAUGAAGAGCAGAUGAUUAGUAAAGAUUUGCUGAGUAAAAUGAAGGAAUGUUCUAUUGAGAAACGAUCACUGGCAGAGUUACAAGAUAUAUUAACUGAUGUGAAAUAUGAAAAGGAACUGCUAAAACAGAGAAAUGACAGACUUACUAAAAGUUUAUUAAAGUCAAUUGGUGAUACUGGUAGUGUUACUGAUGAUAAGCAUACUGGAGUUAGUGAGUGGAUUACUAGUGACAUGAGAACUCAUUAUGAACAAAAAUUGAAUGAAACUAGAGAAGAGACACAAAGAACAAUAGAUGAACUUAGGAAAGAAAAAAAGUUAAGACUAAAGCUGGAGGAGCAAAUCUUACAGUUAAAAGAUGAACACACACUGUUGAAGAAAGUAAUUGAGAAUUUACACAUACACAGCGAAGAAUUAUCAUGCUGA